AUGUUUUAUAAGCCAGCCUGUAUAGAUAUAUUGAUAGGUGCUGAUUUAUUUUGGGAUAUUUUAGGAAACGAACAAAUCUCAUUAGGAAUCAAUAAUCCAAAGCUGAGAAGUUCGCAAUUAGGUUGGAUAGUGUCCGGUCCCAUUCAAGCAGUGACACCUGACAAAAGGGUACACUGUAAUCAUGGUGUAAUUUAUAAGGAUAAUGAUAGUGUUGACAAGCUUUUAACAAAAUUCUGGGAGCUGGAAGAAAUACCUGCCAAACCAAUAAUAAAUGAAAACGAAUGUGAAAGACAUUUUCUCGCUCACACAACGAGAACUAAUACAGGCAGAUUUUGUGUGAAGUUGCCACUUAAAGAUAGCGCAGACUGCUUGGGCGAUACAUACAAGUUAGCUAAAAAACGCUUUUUAAAUUUGGAAAAGAGGUUAGGACGAAAUCCCACGUUAAAAUCAGAAUACGCUAAUUUUUUAAAAGAAUAUGCGGAUUUGGGUCAUUUAUCAGUGGUAGACGUUAAUUGUGCAUUAACUUCGAGUUAUUAUCUUUGUCAUCACGCGGUUCUGAAACAAGAAAGCGAAACCACCAAGCUUCGGGUGGUAUUCGAUGGUUCAGCACCGUCAUCUUCCGGCUAUUCACUAAAUGACAUAUUGAUGGUAGGUCCCAACGUGCAGGAUAAUCUAUUUUCCAUACUGAUACGUUCUAGACAGUAUAAAUACCUACUCACGGGCGAUGUAGAAAAAAUGUUUCGCCAGGUACUGCUGCAUGAGGAUGACAGACACCUGCAGCGUAUUUUAUGGAGAGAAACAGAAUCUGAACCCAUCAAGACUCUGGAGCUCAAUACCGUAACCUAUGGAACGGCCAGUGCAAGUUAUUUGAGUACUCGCUGUUUAUGGCAGAUUGGUCAGCAGCAGGACGAUGUGCGUAUAAAGGACAUCAUCCAACGGGACUUCUACGUAGAUGACCUCAUAACUGGAUCCGAUGACGCCCAGGAGUUAGUGUACAUUCAUAGGUCUGUAACUCAAGCUUUACAAUCAGCUUGUUUUCAUUUAAGAAAAUUUAAAACAAAUAAUUCCUCUAUCUUUAAUAAUGUUAUUGUAAAUGAACAAGAUAAGUUACUUUUUAGCGAAUCCAUAAGCACCCUAGGGUUGGGUUGGACACCUUCUAGUGAUGUGUUACAUUUUCCUAUAAAGGGUUUUUCAAGUGAUGAUAGUCAAACUAUAACAAAACGCCUAAUCAUGUCAAACGCUUUUAAAAUAUUUGACCCAUUAGGCAUAUUAAGUCCGGUCGUAGUAAACCCUAAAAUAAUGCUGCAAAAACUUUGGCAGCUAAAGUUAGAUUGGGAUCAGCCGGUCCCGGAUGCGAUAAAAAACGACUGGAAUAAGUUUUCCGAAAGCAUAAAAUAUUUGUCCAAUUUACAAGUGCCUAGGUUAGUUUUGGGUGAAUCUCCACAAUGUAUUGAACUACAUUCGUUUAGCGACGCUUCAAAACUCGCGUACGGAGCAUGCAUUUAUAUGCGGUGCAUAAAUAUGAACGGUGACGUCACCGUCCGAUUGCUGUGUGCAAAGUCGAAAGUGGCGCCAUUAAAACCCACUACAAUACCGCGCCUCGAACUCUGUGCAGCCUUACUCGCCGCUAAACUAACACGAGCAGUACUCGAUUCACUUCGGCGUAAACCCGCUAAACUGGUGCACUGGUGUGACUCAUCUGUGGUAUUGUGCUGGAUGCGCUGCGACGCCAGUAAGCUAAAGGUGUAUGUAGCUAACCGCGUCACAGAAAUAAGGGAGUUAACGUCGUCUUCAGCGUGGCGAUAUGUUCCAACGCAGUCUAACCCGGCUGACUUAAUUUCAAGGGGUGUGGACGCAAAACCAUUUACAUCAAUGGCACUGUGGUGGACGGGGCCUAGCUUUCUACUCCUAAAUGAGUCCGAAUGGCCUAAGUUAAACGCCAAUGAGCCAGACAUUCUACCGGAAUUGAAGGGCACUUCAUUAUUGGAAGACCGUUGACUGCUCUGCCAACACCAACACUGGAGGAUGUCAAGGAAAGCCAGCUACGACGCUAUGAACGGCUGGAAAGGACGCACCGUCAUUUUUGGAAGAGAUGGCAGCGGGAGUAUCUGUCUGAAUUGCAGCAGAGGACUAAAUGGAAGGCGAGCUCAUCAAAGCUCGAUAUCGGAGACAUGGUAGGUACUCUUGGCUGACGACAACGCAUCGCCACUUGCCUGGAGACUCGGCCGAGUUACACGACUCAUAUCCGGCCCUGAUGGAAUUUCCCGAGUAGCAGACAUUCUCACCAACAGGGGCAACGUGCGGCGCUCGCUAGUACGGCUCUGCAGGCUACCCACCGCGGAGGAACUAAAGGGUUAUUGAAAGCAAGCUUUCAAUGGCCGGGAGUAUGUUCAGGCGCAGAACGCCUUCAAGAAAGUUAAUAGCAGCUAGUUGCGCUCGGUCGUAGCAUCAAUGUUCUAUGUAGGCGUUUGUUUAUUCUCAUACAAAAUGAAAUGUCAUCGGGCACUUGCCCUUGACACAUUGUACGUGUAACAUCUCGUGUUUUAAUUAAAUGUAUAUUUGAAACA